GCGGAUCAAUGCGCUGUCACAACAGAGCAUGCGCCGAAUGCCCUGUGGUUCAGAACUGUCUGUCUAUAAUAUAUAUAUAAUAUAUGUAUAUAAUAUACUUAACCCCUUAAACGCGUAUGAUAAUGGCUGGAGAAGAGGAGGAUAGGCAGAAGGGCUUCCGGAUGCUGGGUAUCCUGGAUGUGAAGACCCCCUGCGCCAGAGAGGCGGUGCUUCACGGGGCGGGGGGGGCCGUGGUCUCCGGCCUCAUUCACUUCCUCACCACCAGCCGAGUGCGCCGCUCGUUUGACGUUGGUUUCGCUGGCUUCAUGCUCACCACGCUGGGAUCCUGGUGGUACUGCAGGACCGGUCGGGCUCGGCUGCUCGUCCAGCAGAGAGUCCUGCAGGAUGGACUCAAGAACAAGGUGGCCUUCGAAGGAACCAGCAGGGACCCAGGCACCAAGACCCCCAGAGACCCGGGCCAGCUGGGACCCCCAGAGACCAUGAACACCAGAGACCCUCAGAGUCCCUGACCAGCAGGCACCAAGGAACCCCCCCAGGCCCCUGACCAGCUCAGACCCCCAGAGACCAAUACCCCCCCCCCCCCCCAAGACCAAGACCCCCAGAGACCCGGACCAGCUGGGAUGAAAAGACCCUCACCAGCUGGGACCCAGAGACCCCCCGGACCCUGACCAGCUGGGACCCAGAGACCCCCCGGACCCUGACCAGCUGGGACCCAGAGACCCCCCGGACCCUGACCAGCUGGGACCCAGAGACCCCCCGGACCCUGACCAGCUGGGACCCAGAGACCUCCCGGACCCUGACCAGCUGGGACCCAGAGACCCCCCGGACCCUGACCAGCUGGGACCCAGAGACCACCGGACCCUGACCAGCUGGGACCCAGAGACCUCCCGGACCCUGACCAGCUGGGACCCAGAGACCCCCCGGACCCUGACCAGCUGGGACCCAGAGACCACCGGACCCUGACCAGCUGGGACCCAGAGACAAAGCCCCCUGGGACCCUUCUGGACUUGGUCUGUACCUUAUUGACCGAAGGAACAGACCCAGUCCAGUGGUGACAGAUCCAGUCCAGAAGGGACAGACAGAGUUGUUGGAGGUUCCCUCCAUGAAUUACAGUAUAUUUAAAUAUUAAAACAUUCAGGAUGUAUGGAAAAUGAUUUGUCUUUUUAUUUAUUGUUCCAUUUUUAUUGAACGUCGCUCUCACCAGGUAACCCGAGUAUUUAGGGCAUCGCGUUACCAGGCAAAACAAAUGAGUUGUACUAUUGUCGUCGUGGAUUUCAAUUUCAUAUAAAAGUAUACAAAAACGCCCUUA